UGGGCGCUAGCCUCGGGGCCUCUGGGGCCGGUUCCGGGGCCUGGAGGGGCUGCAGGAAGCGGAGGCAGCUCCAGACGCCCGGAUCGAAGCGGGCGCAGACACCCGAAACGGCUGGGGUGGCCGCGAGGCGGCUGCUGAGUAAUCCCGGGCGGCGGGUGGGGGCGGCCGGGCGCCCACGUUCCCCGCGCCGCAGCCCGGCGGCGGCUCCGCCUUCGCGUCCCUCCCCGCCCCCUGCCGGCUGCUGUGCUCGGUUCCCGGCAGGUCGGAGCCGGGCUCGGGGAGCGCGGGCCACUGCAGCCCCUCCCGCACCUCGCCUCGGCCUGCGCGGGGCCUCGUGCGCUCAUGGCCGGCUCCGAGCAGCAGCGGCCGCGGCGGAGGGAGGACGGCGACCCGGAUGCGGCAGCGGCGCCCCUGCAGGACGCGGAGCUGGCCCUGGCUGGCAUCAACAUGCUUCUCAACAACGGCUUCAGGGAGUCGGAUCAGCUUUUCAAACAAUACAGAAAUCAUAGCCCAUUAAUGAGUUUUGGAGCCAGCUUCGUCAGCUUUUUGAACGCCAUGAUGACGUUCGAGGAGGAGAAGAUGCAGUUGGCAUGUGAUGACUUAAAGACCACGGAGAAGCUGUGUGAAGGUGAAGAGGCUGGAGUAAUCGAGACAAUUAAGAAUAAAAUCAAGAAGAAUGUUGAUACCCGGAAAUCCACCCCCUCAAUGGUCGAUCGACUUCAGAGGCAAAUCAUUAUUGCCGACUGCCAGGUUUACUUGGCUGUGCUUUCCUUUGUGAAGCAAGAAUUGUCAGCCUACAUUAAAGGUGGGUGGAUCCUUAGGAAAGCCUGGAAGAUUUACAAUAAGUGCUACGUGGACAUCAAUGCCCUUCAGGAGCUGUAUCAGAAGAAGCUGACGGAAGAGCCCUUGUCUUCUGAUGCUGCAAAUGAUAACCACAUUGUGGCCGAAGGGGUGACUGAGGAGUCCCUAAGCAGACUGAAAGGUGCUGUGAGCUUUGGAUAUGGCCUUUUUCACCUUUGCAUAUCCAUGGUGCCCCCAAACCUGCUCAAAAUCAUCAACCUGCUGGGGUUUCCUGGAGACCGCCUACAGGGCCUUUCUUCACUGACGUAUGCGAGCGAAAGUAAGGACAUGAAGGCCCCUUUAGCUACAUUAGCCCUGCUGUGGUACCACACUGUGGUCCGCCCAUUCUUUGCCUUGGACGGCAGCGACAACAAGGGGGGCCUGGAUGAGGCUAAGGCAAUUCUUCUCAGAAAGGAGUCUGCUUACCCAAACUCUUCCCUCUUCAUGUUUUUCAAGGGACGGAUCCAGCGGUUAGAGUGUCAAAUCAACAGUGCCUUGACUUCCUUUCACACUGCUCUGGAGCUGGCUGUAGACCAGAGGGAGAUCCAGCAUGUCUGUCUGUAUGAAAUCGGCUGGUGCAGCAUGAUUGAACUCAACUUCAAGGAUGCGUUUGACUCCUUCGAGAGGCUGAAGAACGAGUCCAGGUGGUCCCAGUGUUACUACGCAUAUCUGACUGCAGUUUGUCAGGGAGCCGCGGGCGAUGUGGAUGGGGCACAGCUCGUUUUUAAAGAAGUCCAGAAGCUGUUCAAAAGGAAGAACAACCAGAUUGAGCAGUUCUCAGUGAAAAAGGCUGAGCGAUUUCGGAAGCAAACCCCAACCAGGGCGCUGUGUGUGCUGGCCUCCAUUGAAGUGCUGUACUUGUGGAAAGCCCUUCCCAACUGUUCCUUCCCCAACCUGCAAAGGAUGAGUCAAGCUUGCCAUGAAGUAGACGAUUCAUCUGUCGUUGGAUUGAAGCAUCUGCUCCUUGGCGCCAUACACAAAUGUCUAGGAAACUCACAAGAUGCUGUCCAGUUCUUCCAGCGAGCUGCUAAAGAUGAACUGUGUCGUCAGAAUAACUCAUAUGUCCAGCCAUAUGCAUGCUACGAGCUUGGCUGUCUCCUACUAGACAGAGCAGAGACUGUAGCAAGAGGCAGAACUCUACUCCUUCAGGCAAAGGAGGAUUUUUCUGGCUACGACUUUGAAAACAGAUUGCAUGUCCGCAUCCACGCUGCUCUGGCCUCCCUAAGGGAACUGGUCCCUCAGUGAUAAACUCUGAGUGGCCCCUCUGUCCCCUCUACCCAGGGUCAGCACUAUGAAAGCAGAGGAGAAAGCUCUCUUGAAGAUCAGCUUUUCUUCUGGAGACCACCUGUGCCAGGGAUGGGUUUCCUGAUGUCGCUGACAUACUAAAGAUUCCUCUUUUAAACAUGUAGCUACAGAGUAAUAAAGAUGUCCAUAACGUAACAGUAACCAACCUGGGUGAGGGUUAAGUGACCUUGUUCAAACAUUUUAGUUUUGUGAUUUAUUAUUUUUAAAUAAAAUCAAACUAAAUAUUCACCCUGUGAUCUUGUAGGAGUGCCUACAUGAAGCACAGAUCAGAGUGGGCUUGGUGAGAGCCGUACCCCAAAGUUGGAAACAGUACUACACAUAGCAUGUCUCUGUGUUUAGAUAAAAAUUAAAGACUUUUCUAGUAUUCUUCUUUCUACUGGAAAUGUUCUUAUAACAGUUAUGGUACAAACAUUCUUGGCUGGACAUAGUGGCAUGUGCCUUUAGUCCUAGCACACAGAAAGCAGAGGCAAGCAGGAUCUCUGAAAAAGAAUUCUCAUCCUUUACCAUGUGCAUUGAGACUCAGGUCCAGCAAUGACAGUUGGCAUUCUCCAGUUGCUCACAUUUCAUGGGGCAGACCUCAGGACCAUGAACUGAAUACUAUUUUUAUAUAAAACAUGUAAAUAACCCAGAACUCCAUGCUUAACGUAUAGAGAUCAAAUGCUAUGCAGCUCAAGUUUUGUCGUCAAAAAUACUUUCACUGGGGACAUCAUCCCCAGGGGCUGGGAGGUCAGUAAAGGGCUUGCCAUACAUGCAUAGCCCCAUGUUCUUGUUCCCAGUACCCAUAUAAAAACAAAAGUAGCUAGGCAUGCUCCAGCAUAGGUGCACUCCUAGUGCUUGGGAUGCAGAGGCAGGAGGAUCCAUUGAGCUCUUCCUCACCCUGAGUUCACUGGCAAGCUAGUCUUGCUGAAAUACUGAGCUGCAGGUUUUGUGAGGACCCUGCCUCAAGACAAUAAGGUAGAGCGACUGAGGAAGACCUGAGCCUGACCCCAUACAUACACACACAUACACUCCUACACACAUUCAUCCCUAGGCUGUCUGCAAAAGUUCUCAAAAUGGAAGCAACAAAACAGGAGCAGAGAAGAUAAGUCUGCAAGCACGUCCCUGCCACCAGUCCCAUUGGAGAACCAAACCCCCGGUCGGCUGACCAGCACCUACAUUCUAUGAGUUCUGCUAUGAAGAUUACCGCUGAUCACCAUUUAACCCUUUAGCACAGCGGUUCUCAACCUGUGGGUCACGACCUCUUUAGGGUUGGGUUGAGUGACCCUUUCACUGGGGACACAUCCUGCAUAUCAGAUUUACAUUACUAUUCAUUACAGUAGCAAAAUUACAGUUAUAAAGUAGCAACGGGAUAAUUUUUUGGUUGGGUGUCAGCGUAGCAUGAACUGUAUUAAAGGGCCACCGUGUUAGGAAGGGUGAGAGUCAUCACCCUAACAUCCAUCUCACGAAGGCUGUAGUUCCAUGAGUGUGGUUUGUUCCUGAUACUUUUUUGGUGCCAAAUUAUCUGCAGGGCUGUGUGUUGCCAGAAUUUCACCACUCCCUCUCACCUCAGGUUGUUGACUGUUAAAGAGAAUUCACUGUUACGGUUUACUCCUUCAUUGCUGGGAUUUACUGGUGAUUGGAUGUGCUUUGUGCUCAGUACUACACAGCUGUGGUUUUGAAUAAACACCUCGGUCACUUUUAUGAA